AUGAAAAACACUCUUGUCUGCGUGCUUGUCUUGGCUCUCAUUGCUUUCAUCUGUUUCAGUUCCUCCGAAUCAGUGAAUGCUUCUCUCAAACCACAAUCUAGAAUGCGUGGAGUGAAGGAAUUGACUUCUCGUAAUUUUAAUUCAUAUAUUAAGAAACAUAAAUAUGUUCUUGUUGAAUUUUAUGCUCCAUGGUGCCCACACUCCAUCGAAAAUUCCCGCAACAUCCAACGUCUUGGAAAGAGACUUUUGGACUCCAAGAAUUUCAAAGUUGCCAAGAUCAAUGGUGAUCGAUACAACUCCAUUGCUAAACAAGUGAAUUUGGAUGGAUUCCCAACAGUUUAUCUUUUUGUCGAUGGAAAGAAGGUUGAGUAUAAGGGUUAUUCAUUGGCUCCUCGUAAGGUCGUCAAAUGGGCUCGUAAGCAAAUUAAACAAUAA